CCCAAGAUGGCUGCAUACUCACGGGGGGCACUUAGCAAUUAUCCGAACAAGACGUCUGCAAUGAAUGGCGAAUAGCAGAAUAAUGUAAAGCGCCACAUUGACGUUACUAUAUUACAUCAAUUCGUUGGUUUUAGCGUAAUAUUCGGGAUGCCUGAAUGCGAUUAUGGAGAGAGCGGUCUCUCCGCGGCCCCGAGCCAGAACAUGGCGGAACACUUGGGGGAGAAAUAGCAGCUAACUUGCGAUAGCUGUCGUGUUAUUUUAAGCAGAUUUAGAAACGGCAUUUUCUUGUUUUCACGCAGUCUUUUGGGCUCUGCGGAAAAAUUAGAUAGUGUUAAGUUUAGUCUCGGUGGGCGAAAUGCGUGAAUAUGUGUAGCGUUACCUGUAAAUGUACAGGCUGUUCUAAGAGACACGGAGCGGGUUUGCUAAACCCGUGAUUUCACCAGUGGCGCUUGUUGUGAACACUCGAGUCCCAGCUUGGUGCUCGCACCUCUGCCAUGUCUUUCAGCCUCUUGUUUGGUCGAUUAACACCUCCGCUAUGUUCAGAUCUACAAAGCUCUUGAAGUUUUGAAGAAAAAGCUCGUCAAAACUAAUCAGAUCUCAUAGUUAUGUGUGUGUGUGUUGGAUACUGAUUGAAAUAGCCAUUAUAACCCCCCUCAAAAGUUGUCAAUCCCUGCAUUGAAUUCGUGGAGAAGGUGGUGUAGAAAGUGAAUUGAAGUUUUGGCGUCACUAGGUGAGGCAGAUGUCCUAUAAGAGCCAGUAAAGGCCUGGACUGGACUGGGACACCGGCUACAAUCACCUACCACCAGGAUGACGGACACUCGGCGACGCGUCAAGGUGUACACUCUGAACGAGGACCGGCAGUGGGACGACCGCGGCACCGGGCACGUCUCCUCCGGAUACGUGGAGCGGCUGAAAGGCACGUCUCUGCUGGUGCGGGCUGAGAGUGAUGGGGAGAUGCCAUCCACCCUCAACUCCAGUACUGGUUCACUGCUUUUGGAGUCCAAGAUCAACCCGAACACAGCCUACCAGAAACAACAGGAUACUUUGAUAGUAUGGUCAGAGGCUGAAAAUUAUGAUCUGGCACUCAGCUUCCAGGAAAAAGCUGGGUGUGAUGAAAUCUGGGAAAAAAUAUGCCAGGUUCAGGGAAAGGACCCUUCCGUGGACAUCACGCAAGAGUUGGUGGACGAGUCUGAGGAGGAGCGCUUUGAUGACAUGUCAUCACCAGGUUUGGAGUUGCCGCCAUGUGAACUGAAUCGCUUGGAGGACCUUGCUGAGUUGGUGGCCUCCUCACUCCCAUCACCACUGCGACGUGAGAAACUGGCAUUGGCUGUGGAGAAUGAAGGCUACAUUCGCAAGCUCCUGGAACUGUUUCGUAUGUGUGAGGAUUUGGACAACAGAGAGGGACUGCACCACCUGUACGAAAUAAUUAAAGGCAUUUUCCUGCUGAAUCGCACUGCACUCUUUGAGGUUAUGUUCUCUGAUGAGUGCAUCAUGGAUGUUAUUGGUUGUCUGGAGUUUGACCCAGGAUUGCCGCAACCACGGCGGCAUCGGGAGUUUCUCACUAAGACAGCCCGCUUUAAGGAGGUGAUUCCCAUCUCUGAUCCGGAACUGCGCCAGAAAAUACACCAGACGUAUCGCGUGCAGUAUAUUCAGGAUAUGGUGCUGCCCACACCCUCUGUUUUUGAGGAAAACAUGCUGUCCACCCUGCACUCCUUCAUCUUCUUCAACAAGGUGGAGAUCGUGGGCAUGCUACAGGAUGAUGAGAAGUUCCUGACAGACCUCUUUGCACAGCUAACAGACGAGGCUACAGAUGAUGACAAACGACACGAGCUGGUAAACUUUCUAAAGGAGUUCUGUGCGUUCUCUCAAACGUUACAACCUCAAAACAGAGACGCCUUCUUCAAGACAUUGUCAAACAUGGGCAUUCUACCUGCACUCGAGGUCAUACUGGGAAUGGAUGAUGUUCAGGUGCGCGGGGCAGCCACCGAUAUCUUCUCUUAUCUGGUGGAGUACAACCCCUCCAUGGUACGAGAGUUUGUAAUGCAGGAAUCUCAGCAGAAUGAUGAUGACAUUCUCCUGAUCAAUUUGAUCAUAGAGCACAUGAUCUGUGACACAGACCCAGAGCUUGGUGGAGCAGUGCAGCUUAUGGGGUUGCUACGGACCCUGCUGGAUCCAGAAAACAUGCUGGCCACUGCAAAUAAAACUGAAAAGACUGAGUUCUUGAGCUUUUUCUACAAGCAUUGUAUGCACGUCCUCUCAGCUCCACUACUAGCUAACACCACAGAAGAAAAACCAAGCAAAGAUGACUUUCAGACAUCACAGUUGCUGGCCUUGAUCUUGGAGCUGCUAACAUUUUGCGUCGAACACCACACGUAUCAUAUCAAGAACUACAUCAUCAACAAGGAUAUUCUCAGGAGGGUUCUGGUGCUCACUGCCUCUCAGCAUGCCUUCCUGGCACUUUGUGCCCUGCGCUUCAUGCGAAGGAUUAUUGGUCUGAAAGAUGAAUUCUACAAUCGCUACAUCAUGAGAAACUUCCUGUUUGAGCCCGUCACCAAGGCUUUCCUCAAAAACGGUGCCCGCUACAAUCUCAUGAACUCUGCCAUCAUUGAGAUGUUUGAAUAUGUUCGUGUGGAGGAUGUGAAGUCUCUCACAGCUCAUAUAGUGGAGAACUACUGGAAGGCUCUGGAGGAUGUGGACUACGUCCAAACAUUUAAGGGCCUGAAGCUGCGGUAUGAGCAGCAGCGAGAGAGGCAAGACAACCCCAAACUGGAUAGCAUGCGCUCUAUCCUACGAAACCACCGAUUCCGUCGUGAUGCACGGACACUCGAGGAUGAGGAGGAAAUGUGGUUCAACACAGAUGAAGAUGACCUUGAGGAUGGUGAGGCAGUUGUUCCACCUUCUGACAAGAUGAAGAAUGAGGAAGACCUGAUGGAACCUAUUAGCAAAUUCAUGGAGAGAAAAAAAUUGAAAGACACAGAGGAUAAGGAAGUUUUGGGGAAAUCGACCUUGUCAGGCAGGCAGAAUCCAAGCUUCAAGCUUUCCUUUUCUGGAUCCACUAAAACCAGCCUGUCCAGCCCUCCCUCAUCUGCCUCAUUGAACCCGGGCUCUCCCGGCUCUCCGGGGUCUCCAGGGUCUCCAGGCUCAGGGGCACGGAGCUCACCCCCGACCACAACUGUAACCACAAAGGGAGGUUUAGUGGGACUGGUGGACUACCCUGAUGAUGAUGAGGAGGAGGAAGAGGAGGAAGAGGAUGGGGAGACAAAAGACGACCCACUGCCACCUACAAAGAAGUCCAAACUUAGCUCGUAAAGAAUCAACUGUCACAGCAUGUGCUCUGCUCAGACAGUGUCGGAAUACUUUACGCAGGAAUGAUCAAACUUGUAAACAAAUGAAUGAAAUCCGCCCCUCAUCGUCAGUGGGUGACCAAAAGAGGAGAUGACUGUUUCAGAUUAUUAAGCCUCCUCUAACUCGUCCUAUCAAUACAAGUGCCAAUCGGAAGACCAGGAGUGGAAACGCUGUCUGAAAAGUGGAGCAGACGAGUGAACAUUUCUGGAGAGAAGAAUUUUUUUUGUUUUUCUUUUGACAGAUCUUCAGUGGACCCUUACAGCACGAGACUGGUUGGAGUAUAUUACUUUUGCAACUGGAGGAAAAGACCACACAUACUAAUACACAUGUACAAAUCUCAUAGAGCUCACGUGCUCGGACCACAGCCCACUGCCCCCUCCCCCGCCCCCCCACUCAGGGAAGGACAUCACAGCGGCCCAAAUGGGUCGGCCAAUUUACACCCAGAAGAAACCACCAAUCGCACCCCCCAUCCCCUCCUCGGAGUCCACUUCCUCUCUUUUCCUUUCCUACUUCUUUUCUCUUCUUUGCUCUCGUUCCCUUCUCUUUGUUGCUUUUUGUUCCCUUUUUAAGUUAGUAUAUAGGACCAGAUGGGAGGCAGAAUGUGGCAAAACGCUGUCCUUGUUGUCGUUUGAUGAUGUCAUCAGUGUCAUUGUUCCUCAGCGGACGUUCUUUCUCUUCAGAGAAAAAAAGCCAGCAGUUUCUUCAUUAGUUUCUUUUUUGUUCUCUGUUUGUCUCAAUCUUUCACCUGUUUUUUUGUAAAUGACAACAAAAAAAGACCUGCCUUUUAAAUGUUCAGGACGUUUUCAGUCACACUUGAACAGGUUUUUAAAGACCUCAGUAGGUGAGCUAGUUUUACCCUUUUUGCCCUUUGAAACUGCAGAUCUUUUGGAGAAUUUGUAAUCCCAUCUUGAUUAAAGAUUGAGUGGAAUUCUA